GAAAAUGUAUGCAAAUACAAAUCCAAAGUUAUAACAUUCAGAAGUUUAAAGAAUAUUGACCUGGAACAACUAAAUCAGGAUCUCAUGCAUGCCCCAUGGCACGUGGCAGGUAUAUUCAACGAAGUUGACGAUAAAUAUGACUAUUGGAGUAGCCUUUUCGAAAGUCUAGUUGAUAGACAUGCUCCAUUGAAACGUAAAAAAGUUAGGGAGAAAGACUCACCGUACAUGACAAUAGAGUGGAAGAAAGCUAUAAGAAAUAAGAGGAAAUAUGCUAUUAAGUUUGCAAAAGAUCGUACGAAAGAGAAUUUCGAAUUGAAAAAGAAAUAUCGAAAUAUAGCUAAUAAAGGAAGGAGGAAAGCGGUUAGUGCAUACUGCCACAAAACGUCCGAAGAUCUGCGCGACAAGCCAUCUGAGUUCUACAAAACUUUUAAACCAUUCCUCAGCGACAAAGUCAAAGAUCCUGCUGUGAUAUGUCUAAGAACAAAUGAAAGCACGGUGAAAACAAACGAAUAUGAAGUUACAGAACUACUUGCCGAUUACUUUAAUACAGCUGCAUGCAGUAUUGGAGGAGAUCAUGUCAACAACCUUACAGAGAAAGACCAUGAUUAUCAUAAUAGUGUGAAAGUUAUACGCGAAACUUUUCAAACAAAUCCGAAUGCAGGUUUUGAGUUUAGAAAAUUAAGUCAGGAUGAAGUUACAUUCACAUUGGAACAUCUCAAUCCAAAAAAGGCUAGUGGUUGGAACCCGGGGACAACACCUAAUCUACUGAAGAAGGUUGCAAGAGGAGUAUCUCCAUCUCUUACAAACCUCUAUAACGAAUGUAUAUACAGGUGUAAAUGA